GCAGGACUGAGCAAAUCUCGUAUCAACACUAUAGUUUGAUUCUCUAGAGUAGACAGUGCUGCUACUCUUCAGCCCUGUCUUUCCACAUAUUAUGCGGUACUAAAUGGGGGGCUGUGAUGCCCCCUACAGAAGAGCCACCUGUCAUCAUGAAUAACUCUGGUUUCCGUGGUUGUCGCACUAUCUCGCAGCACCUGAACGACCUGAAGAAGGAGAACUUCAGCCUGAAGCUGCGGAUCUACUUCCUGGAGGAGAAGAUCCAGCAGAAGUUUGAGGAGAGCGGCGAUGACGUGCACAAGAGGAACAUCAUGUUGAAGGUUGAAGUGGAGAGUCUGAAAAAGGAACUUGAGGAGAAACAGCAGUUUCUGGACCAAGCUCUGUUGACGGCAGAGAGCCUGUCCAAUCAGAAUGAAGCAGAGCUGCAGCGUCGCCUGCAGGAGCGGCAGGAGGAGAUCAUCCACAUGCAGGAAAUCCUGGAAACCAAAGUUCAGCUGCUACAAGAGGAGGCCGAGCUGGCGCGAGGUGAGGCUGAGAGGAUGACCUCGCUGGCGGACUCUGAGUCUCAGCGCCGCCUGGCUGUAGAGAGAGAGCUGGUGGAGAGGAUGGAGGAGGAGGAGGGGGGGGGCUCAGGUGGACAGCCCAGCCAGCAGGCCCUGGCUGACAAAGACAGGCUGAUAGAAGGGCUGACACAGCAGAAACACUCACUGAGUCUCCAGCUCGAGGAGCUCCAUGUCAAAGUUCACCAUCUCUCCUCUCCUGCCAAGAGUACAGAACGAGAAGUGAGUCAUGGAGAGAGCCGAGUCUGCACACAGAUGCAGGGUCUGAUUUACACCUAA